AUGGACUCCCAGGAAUCCUUCCACGGCUACGAGCGAUCCCUCCCCGUGCAGUCUCGGCCACCCCCGGCGCCAUGGCCGGCGAGCGAUCCGAACCCCCACAUGGACCCUUAUACUGUUGCUCCCCAUCCCGCCACCAUCGCCGCGGCAGAACUCCCCACCACAUCUCCCAUUACGCAACCCGCAGCGCCAGCACCAGCUCAAAUAUCUAAGACACUGCCUGUCUCGGCCACGAAUACCAUUAGUGACCACAAUGCGUCCUCGAAGGUCCGUAAGCCUCGCAAGGCCGCCAACACGUCGGGGAAGUCAACGUUAUUCUGGGUCAAUACGGACUCGGAAACUGCGUCUGCGGGGACAAAAGAGGAGACAUUGAAGCGCAUUCGAUCGCAUGUUAUGUCAGAGCAUAAUCGGAAGAAGCGAUUGGAGAAUACCAAGCGAUACAAAGGCAAAACAUUCAAGCACCUGCCCUUCCAACCACCAGAACAAAUUCCGGGAGGCGUGGGACCGCCUCGGCCACUGGUACUCUCACCCGCAGUGUCGUCGUCUAACGCGAGCUCCAGUAGUAGUCGCAAGGUCUCGCAAUCGUCGGAAGAAGACACGACCCAGGAAUUGGUCUCUACAACACAAGCCAUGGGCCAUUACACGCCUGCCUCAUCAGCAGAACCAUGGGAGGAGAUUGGGUUUGAUGGGAUUGUGGGUUAUCAGAACGGAUUGGGAGCACCACAAAUCUGGAGUCCUUUGGGACAGGGAGCUCAUGAUCCGUUUAAUACUGGACAUACAAAGCUUACAGACCGCAUGAUGCGGCAUCUUCAGAAUUUCCUCUGGGAUUUGACGCAAGAGGCACAUCCAUUGCAAAGCCGGUAUAAGCCUAAGCUGCAGGCGCAUUGGGCCUCCUUGAUCCAGCGGGACCCUGCUAUUCUACACGCGACCAUCUGCAUGUCCACUUCUAAUGCGGCAAUGCAGAGAGGUGAAUUGCCCCUUAGAGACCCGGAUGCAAACGUAUGGCGUCCUCCACUAGUAGUUGAUACAAUUCACCAUCGCGGCGAGACUAUUCGCCUAGUCAACGAGGGUUUAUCAGACCCCGCCAGGGCCGGUAGUGAUGAACUCAUCGCCGCCGUCUCAACAUUAUUGACCAUUGAGAUUGCCUCCGGCAACGCCGACUAUAUGAAGAUUCAUCUGGCCGGCUUGCGACAGAUGAUUGCAUUGCGCAAUAGCUUCGCGGAUGUUGCCUCGGAUAUCCGCUUCCAGAUUUCAUGGACUGAUAUUCGAGUCGCUUGCAUGAGAAUGGAAAAACCCAUAUUUCCAUUUGUCCGAUCUGUGCGCCCGGAAGGGUUCACCCUCCUCCCACCCAGUGACGAUGCAGGAUUGACAGCGACCCGCCUAUUUCCCCUAAUCGAAAUUCCCGGCAUCUUCAGCGAAACCUUUGCCAGUAUCAUCUAUGACCUACACGAGCUCUGCUGGUAUGCGGAAUGGGUCAAGAGUAACAACGGACACACGGAGUUCAGCGAAGAAGUCGAAGAUUAUUUCAACUUCGAGGUACUGUCUACAGAGUACUCCUUGCACCUAGACCGAUACCUUUCGACCGGCGAAAUCAAGGGUGACAACUCCAUCGAAGGCUGCUGCCGGUUAGCUUGUCUAUGUUUCCACAACAGCGCCAUUUGGAGCUUCUACCCCAUGAUAGCUCCGCUACUCCCCAUGCCCAUCUUAUGCCUUCGCGCCGCCCUGGAGGCGACCAUCCCAUCUGGACUGUUUGCGCUGUGUCGUGACCUGCUGAUCUGGUUGCUUUUCAUUGGUGCGUCAUGCAGCCAAGUCAUGCCUGCCGAGCGCACCUACUUCGUCACCGAGCUGGCGGCUGCUACCCGUCUAUAUGGCGUGACUUCCUGGCAAGAAUGCCGGAAUAUCCUUCUUGGCUUUUUCUACACCGACCGUGUCCACCUGCCUAUGCUGCGCCAGAUAUGGCAGGAGGUCCGGGUGCAGCAGGUGGAGUCAGCCGAUGUGUGA